CGCUCCACAACCCCAAUCCCAGGCAGCCAUGGCCGACACUCUGCGUCCGAGUCUCGAGGAAGCACAGGCGCUGCUGCUCGGCAGUGCCUCGGGCAGCUCGGCGGCCGCAGCGGCGGCGCCGCCGGCCGGCAACACGCUGCCCGUGUAUGCCACGCUGCCCGCCGACCUGCUCACGCCCGUCAUGGCCUACCUGCGCCUCUCGCACGGCGCCGACACGCAGCGCCGCAGCUUCCUGUGCGAGAGCGUCGUGGGCGGAGAGAAGGUGGCGCGCUACAGCUUUGCCGGCGUCGACCCGUACAAGGUCAUCCGCACCGGGCCCUCGCUGCCCAUCAGCGGCGACCCUCUGCGCGCCGUCGAGGCCGAGCUGGCGCCGUACCGCUACAUUGCGCUGCCGGCGCUGCCGCGCUUCACUGGCGGCGCCAUGGGCUACAUCGCCUACGACUGCGUGGCGCACUUCGAGCCGCGCACCGCACGGCCGCUCUCGGACCCGCUCGGCAUCCCCGAGGCCGUGUUCCUGCUCUGCGACUCGCUCGUCGUCUUCGACCACAUGUACCAGACGCUCAAGGUCGUCUCGCACGUGCACGUGCCCGACGGCUCGCUGCCGGCCGAGCGCGCCGAGGCCGAGAAGCACAUCGCCUCGCUGUACGAGGCCGCCGGCCGCAAGGUCGCCGCCAUGGUGGCCGAGCUCUCGCGGCCCGACACGCCCGUGCCGCGCCAGAUGCGCGUCUCGCCGGGCGCCGAGGCGGUGAGCAACGUGGGGCGCGAGGGCUACAAGAGCUUCGUGCGCAGCCUGCGCAAGCACAUCGUCGCCGGCGACAUCAUCCAGGCUGUGCCGUCGCAGCGCCUGGCGCGCCCCACCGACGUGCACCCGUUCAACAUUUACCGCACGCUGCGCACCGUCAACCCCUCGCCGUACAUGUUCUACCUCGACGUCGGCGAUGCGCGCAUUGUUGGCGCCAGUCCGGAGACGCUGUGCAAGGUGGAGAAGGGCAAGGUGGCUGUGCACGCCAUUGCAGGGACAGUGAAGCGCGGCGGCACCGACGAGGAGGACGAGGCGCUGGCCGACUCGCUGCUUGCGUCGACAAAAGACCGCGCCGAGCAUGUCAUGCUGGUCGAUCUCGCGCGUAACGACAUUUCGCGUGUGUGCGACCCGCACACGACCGUCGUCGAGAGCUUCAUGAAGGUGGAGAAGUUCAGCCACGUCAUGCAUCUCACCAGCCGCGUGACGGGCAUGCUGCGCGCCGGCAAGAGCCGGUUCGACGCCCUGCGCUCCAUCUUCCCGGCCGGCACCGUCUCGGGCGCGCCCAAGAUCCGCGCCAUCGAGCUCAUCUCUGAGCUUGAGGGCGAGCGGCGAGGCGUGUAUGCGGGUGCUGUGGGCCACAUUGACUUCUCCGACGACAUGGACGUGUGCAUUGCGAUCCGCACCAUGACGUUUGUGCAAAAGGAGGGCUCCGAGGCGCACACUGCGUACCUGCAGGCAGGCGGCGGCAUCGUGUACGACAGCGUCGAGGAGGACGAGUACAUCGAGACGAUCAACAAGCUCGGCGCCAACGUGCGCUGUCUGCAGCAGGCCGAGGACUUCUGGAUCGCGCAGCAGCGGGCGCAGGACAUGGCCGUGCAGAGCGAUGAGCGAUGAGCGUGUGCGCUGUCGUGGGCAUGCCGCAAGCGGCGCUAAUCUAUCAAAUGCCAUUGUCGCGGCGCGGAU